UGACGGCGGAGAAUGGAGAGGAGCUCGUCCGCCCGGCUCGGCUCUUUCCUUCAGGAGCCAGCGUGCUGAAAGAAACCGGGGAGGAAUUACCUGGGGGGGAAAAGGAAAGGAAUGGCUGAUCCUCUGCGGAGGACUUUACUAGCGAAACUCCGGGGGAAGAAAUCCAAGAAAGGAGCGACUGUCGGUGGUGGAUACGGCUCCGCUGCGGUGAAUGGGGGCCGAGAAGGUAAAGAAAAAGUUUUGCAGCGAGACUCCGACGAGGCUCGUCCGGUAGUCUUGAUCUCAGAGCUGGAUUGCACGACAGAGAGAAUGAGUACGUACGAGAAUUGUGUUGACGGGGCGAUGGUGCAAACUGGGGGGGUUAUAAUAGUCCGGGGGAGCCGUGCAGCGGAGGUGGCCGGCGCACGUCCCCAGGAGCCGAGCAGCAGCGGGGGUAGGGGUCGGGUUAAUGAGGAGCUCCUGGGGGUCUCACUUCAAAGAGAGACAGCGCAGUUUGGGGGAGAUGUUAGGGGAGCAGAUAGGAGCCACCAGGGGCCCAGAUCCGCUGACAGUAUCACGUUAUCGGCGGGGGUACCACUCGGAGGACCGCAUGUCCAGAGGAAACACUCCGUCUCGGUCGGGGAUUCAAUCGGGUUUGGGGACAAUUCAAAUCACGUUUUGUCCUGCGUACGGGUAGAGCCGCACACCGAGGUCUGUAAGCCUCCAGAGGGCCGGGUUACUACCGCUGAUAGCGAGCCUCUGGACAGAGAACUGCCCCGGCACAUGGCAGGGACUGUAGUGGCUGUAAAUGUACACAACGCCAACUGGAGUUUUGACAACAACCAAACUUUGGAGACAAUCUCACCAGUUUGCGCAGCACUUGUGAACCCAAACUGCAUCUCUGGCAACACAGAAGAAAACAUUUUAAUCAGAAAUAUUGAGAGCUAUGAGCCUGAGUAUACAGGGGACAUCAGGGGGACAGUAGGUUGUCUGCAGAGCCCGACUUUUUUCCCCACAGAGCUAGACAUAUGCGACAUUAACAUGGCAUCCAUGUGCGCCACAGAGGGGUCGCUUAGAUACCCUUUAGACAGUGAAGAUGAGGAUUACUAUGAUAACGAAAUUCUGCCUUUUUAUGAAACUAUUCGAGCAAAAAGUGCUGGUGACAGAGCAGAGGUUGCAGAGCUGCCACAGUCAGGUCAUGAUAAAGGACAGACUGAUGAGAGUAACAGUGCUCAGGAAACAGACAGGCUUAGAAACCAGCUGAAAGAAGCUUAUUACCUCCUCAUCAAUGCUAUGAAUGAUAUCAACCUGGAUGUGCAGCAGAUUAGUGGUGGUUUAACAGAACAGCAGGCCACCUCCUCCUGUAGUAGCCACUCCAGGGAUAGUCUGUGCUCAAGGUUGUCUGCCAAAAACAUGGACAGUGACUCCUGGUCCUCAGGAGGUGACCACAGCCCACAGCAAGUGUCUGACACUGACUCAUUGCUGGUUUGCCUCAGUGGAAACAUUGAGUCAGGCCUUAAAGGUAGACUGAACAGUAAAAGCAUGUUGAAUCUGUCCAUGGCCAAGAUAAGACCCACAUUAUUGCGCUCUGCUAGUGAUGGAGCUAUCAGGUAUCAUCCAGGUGGACCGUUACUGUGUAUUAAAGCUCCUGGAACACAGAGUCCAGAAAGCUGUAGUGAUACUGGGGCUGCAGAGGUAAAAUCAGCUAAACAGGGUGAAGGGGCUAAAAUCACAGGAGUAGGUGAGCUGUCAGAUCCUCCAGUUCUUUACAAUGCCACCAGCAGUGAGGAGCUGCUACAAGACGCCGGCUGUGAGGAGGACCGUGGCGGGCAGCUCAACGAGAGCAGCAGCUCAGUCAACAGCCUCACAGGCUCCUCGGACAGCAACGCAGAGGCCUCGUCGCAUCAGGGUCACGACAACAAGCAGGAGCUGAGCGGUGGAGUCCGAGCGCAGGGGGCCAACUCGGUCAACAAGGGGCACGGCGUCACCGUCAACAAGAUGCAAGAGUGGAUGCACAAGGGGCGGUUGUUGUCUUCCGAGAUGAAGCAACGCAUUGAAGGCUCGUCACCGUCUUUGCCCCGCGGUGGAGGCCAAAACCAGGACCAAGCUAACCUCGGGGGGUGUAAACCAGGGGUCCACACAUCCAACCGAGGGGUUAAAUCUGUCAAGGCGAAGUCACCUACAGUCAAGUCACCACGGCAGCAGCAGCAGCCAGCUUUCAUUGAGAAUGUCCAAACCCCCUGCGCUAACAGUCGUGAGGCAGGCAGGGCCAAUGAACUUUCAACAUGGCGACCGCAUCUCAACACCAUCACUGUCUCCAAGAAGCGCAAUUGGCUGCAGCAGAGUUCCCUUGGGAGGAACCACUGCACCAAGGACGAGCUGCAGGGAAUGGUGGGAGCUGAGGAGGAGGGCUGCCAGUUUUCCCAUCAGCCACCUCCUCCUCCCAGUCCCUCCCCAGACCACCUGAGACCCCCAGGGGCAGCUCCUUCACGGCCGGUCCGCCUGCACCUGCCUCAGGUUAGCGUCAGUCAGGCCAAGCUGUCUCCUCACCCUCGGAGUGUGGACCCAGCAGAGGAGAACGACGCGGACGAUGAAGGAGAGAUCUGGUAUAACCCGAUCCCAGAGGACGAUGAGCUGGAUAUGUCCCACAGACCCUCAGUUCGGCUGCUAGUCCCACCUCGAGUUGAGCCCCAGAGGAGGCCAAACAGGGGAGGAGAUAUGGGUCACAAUGGGAGGACCCUGGAGGGUGGCGGUGGCGGCGCCGGGCCGGAGGUGCUCGGGGAAAGCCUCGGUGGUGGUGGCAGUACAGGAGAUGGGAGUCAGGGGAAUGCUGUACAUUCCACAGAGGCGCUACAUCUGCACAGACAGAUGCUCGCGUGCAAACCUCAGGAGGAGGGGGGGCCUUCCACCAGCAGAGCCAAAGAUGGUCCUGAUCUGCCCAACACCGUUGGCUUCUCCCCACCCUCCAGUCCAAACCCUGCAAAGAAGAGCAGCUCCAUCAACUGGUCCUUCCCAGACAAGAUCAAGUCCCCACGUACCGUCAGGAAGAUUUCCAUGAAGAUGAAAAAGCUCCCGGAGCUUAGCCGGAAACUCAGCGUCAAGGGGACCCCGAGUAGCAGCAACAGCAGUAACAGCAACGGAAGCAGCCACUUAGAGCCCAGAGCUCACUCCUUCCGAACCAGCGGCAGUGGGUCGGAUGCUAAUUCCCACUCUUCGGGCCCUCAGAGAUUAGCUGGUUCUGGAGGUGGGCAGGCAAGGCGUAACGUCAUCUCACGUUACCACCUGGACAGCAGCGUUUCCACACAGCACAGCUUCAGUAAGAAGAAAAGUGAUGGCAGCUCAAAGUCCGCCAGUAAAGGUGGCUAUCUUAGUGAUGGGGACUCACCAGAGCUGGUGGCCAAAUCUGGGAAGCACAGCUCUGCAGAUGGGAAGGGAGGGAAAGGUAAGGAGACAGAAGGAGGCGGUGGAAGCUCCAAACUCAGUGGCACAGAGUUGGACAUUGAUGCUUUCCGCCAUUACAGCUUCACAGAGCAGCCCAAGUGCAGCCAGUACAUCUCCGGACUGAUGAGCCUGCACUUUUACGGCGCUGAGGACCUCAAACCGCCACGCAUUGACUCUCGUGAUGUCUACUGUGCCAUUCAAGUGGACUCAGUUAAUAAAGCACGAACCGCUCUCCUCACAUGUCGAACUACUUUCCUAGAUAUGGACCACACCUUCAACAUCGAGUUGGAGAACGCCCAACACCUGAAGCUGGUGGUGUUCAGCUGGGAGCCCACGCCGAGGCGCAACCGCGUCUGCUGCCACGGCACGGUGGUCCUGCCCGCGCUCUUCCGUGUGACACGUUCGCACCAGCUGGCGGUGAAGCUGGAGCCACGGGGUCUGAUCUACGUCAAGCUGAGCCUGAUGGAGCAGUGGCAGAACUCACUGGACGGGGGGCCAGAUAGAGACAGGGAGCCCCAGGUGUUUGGUGUGGAGGCGUGGCGGGUGGUGGAGCGGGAGGAGACUGGACUCAUGGUGCCACUGCUUAUAAGCAAGUGCAUCAAUGAGAUCGAGAAGAGAGGCUGCCAGGUGGUGGGUCUUUACCGUCUUUGUGGCUCCGCAGCUGUAAAGAAGGAGCUACGUGAGGCAUUUGAGAGAGACAGCUACAGCGUGGAGCUGUGUGAAAACACGUAUCCUGACAUCAACGUCAUCACAGGGGUAUUGAAGGACUACCUACGAGAGCUGCCCUACCCUUUGAUCACCAAGCAUCUGUAUGAGGCAGUGUUGGAGUCUAUGGCUGUGAGGCCUUUGCGUAUCGGAGCAGGGGGCUGCGAGAACGACCAGGCCGACUCAGAGCACACCGUCAGCCUGCUGGAAAUCCUGCCAGAGGUGGAGAGGAUGACACUGCGGAAGCUUCUUGACCACCUGAAGUUGGUGGCGUCCUACCAGGAAGUGAACAAGAUGACGUGUCAGAACCUGGCGGUGUGUUUCGGCCCGGUUUUGCUCAGCCAGCGUCAGGAGGCGUCGUGCCACACCAACCGAGUCUUCAUCGACUCUGAGGAACUGGCCAGCGCACUGCACUUCAAAAAGCACAUUGAAGUCCUGCACUACCUGCUGCAGCUCUGGCCAGUUAUAGACCCAAAUGCUCAGUCUUCUUCUCCGACCCCUGCGGCCUCCUCGGACCUGCUGUCAGCUCCUAUAAGACGUAGAAAAGAGCGCCCCCAGGUGCUGAACCUCAGUGAAGCGGAGAUGGUGGGUGUUCUGCGGCCCAAACCAGGACGCCUGGACAGCCCUAGCAACCGCUACGCCGGUGAUUGGAGUGGUUGCGGAGAAAGUUACUUCCCUUGUGAAAUGCUGCUGCCUCCCAGCAAAGAGGAGGCGGACUAUGAUGACGUGCCCUCCGAGGAUACAGAGGCAUCUGAGGAGAGGCAGGAGAAGCCUGAGGGUACAGAGGAGGGUAAAGUGUCUGAUCUCACUGAGCAGGAGCAAACUCUGAGAGAAGAGGUGGUGAAAGAGAGUGAAAAGCAGGUAGAGAAAGAGGAGGAGGAUGAGGAUGAUGAGGAGGAGGAAGAAGAGAAACAAGAAGAGAGUGACGAUUCAGGCAACAGGCAGUUGUUGGAGGAAGAAGAGCAGGAGGAGGAGGAGGAGGAGGAGGAGGAAAGGGUGUGUGACCACAUCUUGCCCCCACGGCUGCCCAAGGAGCACACCUACCAGGCUUACAUGAAGAUCCAGGAUAUCAGCCCAGUGCUAAGCAACAGGGUCAACCUGAGAGACCUGCAGGAGAGCAUCGACACUCUGAUAGGAAACCUGGAGAGAGAGCUCAACAAGAACAAGCUCAAUGUCGGAUACUGACUUCUGUUACACACAUAUCUACUCAAACACUCUCACAAAGCCUGAUGAGGUCGGGGGGGGGGGGACCUUCUUAGCCAAUCAAGGUGCUUCAAGAUACAGCUACAAUGUUUCCACGGAGAUCCUUUGAUGACAACAGGGCAGUGUGGCACAUGGUGUUGCUGUAAAAAAAAGCUAAAGCAUGAGAUGAGAAGAAACUUAACUGGGCACUUCUGGUGUUUGUACCUUACCCAUAGACAUUCCUUCAUGUUUUUAUUUUCCUUUUUGUUUUGUUGACUGACUUCAUGUUAUUGGUUCGUUUCGGUCCAGUUUUGUGUUCCAUGUUGUUAUUGUUGCUUCUCUUCUUAUUAGAAGAACCCAUUGACCCCUCAGGGGUUUAAAAGGUGCCUUAAUUGUGUGAAGGUGGUACGUCAAGAGGUAAAUACACCCUGAAACAUACUGCAUCCCCUCCUAUGAUCUUAAAUAAUCCAGUAGACCAACCCUUCCUGAUGUGAAGAAGAGUUGGAUGCUACCCCUGCGCUUUUCAUAAGUUUGUGCUGUUUUCACAUUGAAAUAAGCUCUAGAAUAUUUUGUUUAUAGCAGGUACGAAUCAGGAAAUUACCUCGGUAUGAAUUUGGUGCAACUUUUUGAUCAAUCAUUCUAAUAUCAAUGGACAGUAACUGUUAUAUUGUUGAGUGCAGAUAAAAAAAAAGAUAUCUAGUCCAUAAAAUUGACCACUUUCCAAGAUUCCCUCCAUUAUCUUCUUAGCGUGUCUCUCUGAAGCAACAUUUGGACAUGGAGCACUUCCACAUCUUUCCUGUGGUAGGAAAAAAAUCUGGGGUGCAUUAAGAAUCGGUUUUCAACAAAAAUAUGUAAUUAAGUAAUUAAAUGAAUGAGAAAAUAUGCAAAGAAAACAAAACUUCUCUGCCAGCUCUUACGGACAAGGAAAAGCCCCUCAUUAUUUCAACAGUGGAAGAACAUUUGAACUCCACUUUUACUGACAAGAACAUAAGUCUUUAAAGUUGCAUGGAGAACAUUUCUAGCUUGUGGUUUCGUCUAGUUUCUAGUUUAUAAAUUCACUAUUUAUUUAAAUGAGGUGCUCUUGUCAUUUAAAAUUGCCUGCAGUGGUCAAAAUCAAAGACAACAAAGACUGAGAUAUCCUGACUACUAGUCCUUAACGGAUCAGCACCAGUACUGAACUUCAUGUGUAAAAUCUGUGGAGUGAUCCUUUUAAAGCAAACCAAGAUCAUAGGAGAAGCAUGUGUACAUUGUUUUAGGGGUGUAUUUCCUCUUUAAGGCAGCAGAGAGCUUUUUCUUUUGAGGUAUGAAACACUAAAUGUUGUACAACAAUAAUGCACUUAUGAGGCAGGCAGUAGUGUAGAUUGUCAUUAUAGUUCAUGCAGUAAUAUUCUGGCUGUGAACUGGAUUAAGGGAGAAACAGCCGCCACUGAAACCUCCUCUUAAGGAUUGAAUAUGAUUAGAAAAUGGGUUUUAACAGUUCAUUUACCUUGUGCUUUGUGUAAGGUUUUUCAAUGUUUAGACACCCAUCUACACAGCAUACACACACACACGACACACCUGUCACAAUUGGAUGUUCACAGAAAGCUGUACAGUAGAGAUACAUUUGAUUUUAAGCAGGCAAACUAAACAGCGAGAACAUGUGUUUCAUGUGGCAUCAUAUUCAGUUUACACUUAAAGGAGGAGUUUGACAUUUUGGGUACCAUGGUGAAAUGCAGCAGACUGGGUAUUGUGUACCUCAGUUCCUGGGUCAGUGUUAUCCUUCUGGAUUUUGGGACUUUCAUUCAUGUUGCACACAGUCACAUGUCCUUGUAAAAGAAACUGUACAUGGCUUCAAGUUUGCUUUCAACCAGGAGGGAGCUAGGGUCCCGAAAUAGCUUUAGCUGCUAACUCCACUCAGAUUGUGUUGACAGUGACAUAAACUGUGAGGAGUGUGAAGACAGAAAUGGUUUAUUGGAUCAGUUUUAGACAUGAAAUAGAUAUGUUUUUUUAAAUUUCAUCCAUAAUUUGGAUCUGUGUUUCUGUAUCAAUGUUGCUUAUUAUAAAGGUUUUCCCAUACACAUCUGGUCCUAGGCUCCAGCUUCAUAUUAACCAACAGAUAUGAGAGUGAUAUUGAUGUUUUCAUCUAACUCUUGGCAAGAAAGUGAAUAAGCAUGUUACCCAAAAUGUCAAAGUAUUCCUUUAAAAAAAAAAAAAAAAAAAAACCCAACCAGUCACCCUUUUUGCUUCUUCCAGCUUUUUGGCAAAAAAAAAAAAAAAAGAAA